ACUGCAGUCAAAGAUAACUUUAUUCGAACUACACAGCCUUGCUUUUAAGCCUCUCUCAACCUGCCCCCUCUGGGCGCAGAUGCUCCAAAAGACACGUACUCACAAACCUCCGUAGGCUAUCACCCUUAGCCGGAAUGCUGGCAAAUUGUGAGCCGGUUCGGAUAUGCCAGGAAAUGGGUCGCCACAACGGUUUAUUUAGAUUGUGCAAGAUCACCAUAAUCUUCAAAUUUAGAAUUACAUUUCAAAAGCUAACAAACUAACAUAAAAUACAUUUUAAUUAAAUACUCAUUUAUUUUCCAAAGCCACAGGGAGCCGCAGCACAGAGUUGAAAGAGUUGCAUGCGGCUCCGGAGCCGCGGGUUGCUGACCCCUGGUCUAGACAAAACACAACACCAGGUUUUCACAAUGAAGCCAUGGGUUACAUGGAGGAGUAUAGCACAGGACCAGGCCUUGCAGCCACAAUGUUCAUGCUGAACACAAUGCCAAAUUAAUCUGAAUAAUGUCUACUUGAUUGUGAUCCAGUUCCUGCAUAUUUAAGUCAGCUCCAUCAAGGGCACUAACCUCUACAGUAUCCAGGACAUCUUUGAGGAGCACUGCCUCAAAAAGGUGGCAUCUAUCAUUAAGGAUCCCCAUCAUCCAGCACAUGUCUUCUUAUCACUACCAUCAGGAAGGAAGUAUAGAAGCCUGAAAGUACACCCUCAAUGAUUCAGGAACAGCUGCUUCCCCUUUGCCAUCCAAUUUCUGAAUGGACAUUGAACCCAUAAAAAAUCCCUCCCUACUUUUUUAUUUUUUUGUACUACUUAUUUAAUUUAACCAUUUCAUAUAUAUAUAUAUACACACACACAAAUACUGAAAUUCACUUUUCCCUCUAUUAUUAUGUAUUGCAUUGUACAGCUGCCACAAAGUUAACAAUUUCACGACAUAUACCAGUGAUAUUAAACCUGAUUCUGAUCCUGAGAAUAGAAUAGAAAUUUAUUGUCAUUGCUCAAGUCAACGAGAUUGCACUCCAUGCAAAACAUAUAUUUACAAUGCAUGUGGUAUAAUUUAAUUUAAAAAAUAAUCCCCAAAUUUACAUGCAACAAGGAAAGGUUUUCAACAUGGCUGAAGUAACUGCAGACUGCUGUCUAUCAGAUCUAUCAAAGUUCAAAAUAAAUUUAUUAUCAAAGUAUGUAUAUGUCACCAUAUACUACCCUGAGAUUCAUUUGCUUGUGGGCACUUGCAAUAGAAGAAAGGACUAAGUGAAGAGCCAAUGAAUCUGUUGUUGACCUGUUGUGAUGCAGGCAAAUUGGAGCAUAUCCAAGUCACUCCUCAGGCAGGUUUCAUGACCAAACUUUCAAAGCACCUCAUCAGAGAUAAUGUAACUUAAUUCUAGCAAUUGAGACAGGUUACAAUCUUCUUCUUGGGUACCAGUAUGAUCAAAGCCUGCUUGAGGCAGGUACAUGUCCCCUCUGACCUACAAUGAAAAGAAAGUCCUUGACAAAUGAACUGAAGUAGGUUGAGUCUCAGGCUGUGCCCUGGGGAACUCCUACAGUAAUGCCCCAGGGUUGUGCUAUCAGACUUUCAAUAACCUUCCUUUCACCUUCCUUUGUGAGAGGUGUAAAUCCAACCAUUGCAGUUUCUGCCCUUUGACUGCCAUUGACGUAGGCUUUUCGAAACAUCCUGAUGCCAAAAGCAGUUAAAACUUACCUUAGCCUCAAAGGCAGUUUGUGUUUUCAUGUCUGGAGCUGGACCAUGAUGGGGUUUAGAAUGGAGAUCUGGGCUUUAGAGAGCAUCUGCAUAUUGGUAUCUCUCAGCAUUCUUUACAACAGUAUUUCCUAAAGAAGGCUGAGAAACUUCACCUGAAAUGUAAAGUGAUUAAUGCAUAUAUGGAAACUAAACAUCUGUUUGUCAAUAAUGUCAUCCUCUCUUUAUAGAAGAAAUGAAAAUAGAAGCCCUUAGCAGAGAGAAGAAGGAAUUACAGAAAUCCCAGGAGAAGCCUCGGGCACCUACUGGUUUUGGAUUUAUUUCACUUUUAUGGCAUUUGAUUUUCCUCAAGCCACAAAUAACAGAGAAACAUGAAAAGAGAAAAAAUGUUCGGUUCAUAUUCAUUCAGUUCAGUGCAUGGCAAUUUGCAGGAAAUGAAAAGUUGUGGGCUGGGCUCAUUACCACACUCUGUGACGACAUUAAGAACCAGUUUGGAUGCAUCCCAACUAGCAUCGUCAGGGCUCUUGGUCAUCAAGAUACUAUUCUAAGAACAAAUUCCAACUGUGAAUGGGUGUCCAAAAAGGUACUGGGAAUUCCACUAUGGCUUAUUUUCACCUUACUCCUUUUGAUAGCCUCUCUAUUAGCAUUCUUCAUCUUAGUUCAUGGCUUCACCCUCAGCCAGAUGAGAAAUAAUUAUGUUGGAGCAGUCAAAGGCAUUAGUUUUGGCUUAAUUGGAAUGUCUGUACUCAUGCCAAUAAAAAACACAAUCAUGGUAAGCAGGAAUAUGAUUGUCAGUCAGAAGGAAAAAAUGAAGACCCUAAUGAAUAAAUCGGACUUCAGUAGUCAGCUAGGCUUCAUGAAUGAUGUGAAGCAAGAAGUUGAAGUCCUUACAAAAUUCAUCCACUACAUGGAAGUCUUUGAACGAAGAAAGAUUCGAAUAGUACUGAAAAUCAUCAGCCUUGACAGAUGCACUCCAGAUAAAAUUGUUGGUGUUCUGGAUGCUAUGAACAUCCUUCUUUCUGAUCCAGAUGCCCCUUUUAUUUCAAUACUUGCUGUUGAUCCUAGCAUUAUUGCAUCCUGUGUUGAGAAAUCUAAUAGCUUGAAAAGCAUUGCAGAAAAUGGCUAUGAGUUCCUCAACCGGAUUGUGUCACUACCGUUUUCUGUCCCCAAAAUGGACACUCAGACCAAGCUCAAAUAUAUUCAGUGCAUAGUGAAUGGGAAGAAUGCCCUCCUGGAAGAAAGUCUGUCACCUAAACAAGUCAUUAGACAAGUAAGCAGAUUCAGGAAAUUCUCUGCUGAAAAUAACCCAUUGAUUACUGUUUCUUGUGAAAACAACCAAUCUUUCAAACAAAGAAAUGAUCAAAUGAAACCAGGUUAUUAUAUUCAACAGGCAUAUCAGUAUUUAACAGACAAGGAUGGUGAUCUCCAUGAAUACAUCGAGGAGAACUUUCUACAAAUGAAGAGGAUAGUAAACAUAAUCUCAGUUAUGAUUGGACUAAUGGUAGAAAGAAAUGCCCCAAUGAGUUCUUUUCCACCUCAGAGAAUUGUUGCAUGGGUCAUUUUGGCAAGUAACUGGCCGUGCCGUCUCAGUUGGAUCUGGCAAUGUUGGGAAGAUGCUGAGCAAAGGAGAGAGUUACAUGAAGAAAAAGAGAUUGACGAUGAAAUGCUUCUGUGGACCAUUUAUGAAAAUUCUUCAGAGAAGUUUAAAACCAUAAGAUCCAGUAUUGAAAAAUUGUUGGAACUGGAUGGAGAUCCUGAAAUCUUCCAGAAGCUUCUGUCAAUCAGUUACAAAUUCACCAUGAAAGAAGGAAAAAUCAUGAUUCCAUUUACAAUCAAUCUAGAUCAAUCUUUAAAAAGAAAGAUGGAAAUUAUUCUUGCAAGAAAUUUGUGAGCAAUCAGAGGGUGAAGUGUAAUAUCCAUCUCCUGCCAAUGAGAGUCCACAUAUUGAGAGAGACAUGACAGAAAAUAGUUAAUUUUCUACUGAGAACAAGACAGUACAUCGCCUGACUCUUGAAUUAUACAGAUGUGAAUAUACAAUAGCAAAGAUGAGUAUCAGAGACCAGCAAGAAUAGACAGAUUUUUCUAAUGAACUAAUCAUUCAUUGUGGGAAAACUUGAAUCACAACACCAUCAACAUGAACAUGCAUAGGGCUGCCCCAGGGCUCAACUCUUCUUCUAUGUCAGUUCUCCCUCCCCCUUUCAAUCUUUUAAUCUACUUUCUUUUUAAGUACCCCCUUACCAACCAAUCUAAUCUUCACAAUCAAAUGACAUGCAGAGUUCCAGAGUUCCACCAACCAAUGUGGGAGGUAGUUUACAUGCACCUCAAUUUUUAAAUAACUUUGUAACCAUGUUACAAAGGCAGAGGGGUGAGGUGGCUCUGUUGGUAAAAAGAAUUAAAUCAAAUCCUUAGAAAGAGGCAACAUGGGAUUGGGUAAAAGGGAAAUUGCAAGGGUAAAAAGACCCUGUAUUAGCUCCUGAACAGUAGCCAGUAUGAGGGAUAUAAAUUUCAAUGGGAAAUAGAAAAGGUAAUGUUACAAGAGACAUAGAGGAUUUCAAUAUGCAGAUAGAUUGGGAAAAUCAGGUUGGUGCUGGAUCCCAAGAGACGGAAUUUGUAGGAUGCCUAUGAGAUAGUUUUUUAGAGCAGCUUGUGGUUGAGCUCGUUAAGGGAAAACCAAUUCUGGGUUGAGUGUUGUGUAAUAAACCGGAUUUGAUUAGGGAGUUUAAGGUAAAGGAACCCAGUGAUCAUAAUAUAAUUGAAUUCACCCUGCAGUUUGAGAGAGUUUAGAUAAAGUCAGAUGCAUUGGUAUUACAGUGGAGUGAAAGGAAUUACAGAGACAUGAGAAAGGAGCUCAGCAAAAUUGAUUGGAAGGAGACACUAGCAAGGAUGACUGCAGAACAGCAAUGGCUAGUGCUUCCAGGGACAAUUUGGGAGGCGCAGGAUAGGUACAUCUCAAAGAUGAAGAAGUAUUCUAAAGAGAGGAUGAGGCAACCAUGAGUGACAAGGGAAGUUAAAGACUGCAUAAAAGCAGGUGGCAUAUAACAAAAAUAAUGGGAAGUUAAGAGUAUUUGGAAGCUUUUAAAAACUAAAGAAGACAACUAGAAAAGGCAUAAGGAGAGAAAUAUGAAUUAUAAAGAUAAGCUGGCCAUAAAAAUUAGAGGAUACCAAAAGUGUUUUUUUAUAUAUAUAUAUGGGAGGGGGAAGGGAGGGGGAAGGGAGAGGGAGAGCGACGAAGAUAAAGAAAGGAAAAGUAGUAAAUAUUGUACCACUCAUAAAAGAUUCUGGUAGUAAUAGGGGACAAAGAAAUGGCAAAUGUACUGAGUAAGUAUUUUGCAUCAGUCUUCACUGUGUAAGACAUAAACAGUUUUGCCAAAAAUUCAAGAGUGUCAGGGGGCAGAAGUAAUUAUAGUUGCUAUUACUAAGGAGAAGGUGCUUGGGAAGCUGAAAUAUCUGAUUGAGAAGUACCCGGACCAGAUUGAGUACAUCCUUGGAUUCUGAAAGGGAGAGUCGAAGAGAUUUUGGAGGCAUUAUUAAUGAUUUCCAAUAAUCACUAGAUUAUGGAAUGGUUCCAGAGGACUGGAAGUUUACAAAUGUUACACCAGUCUACAAGAAGGGAGGGAGGAAGAAGAAAGAAAACAAUAGGCCAGUUAGCCUGACUUCAGUGGUUGGGAAGAUGUUGAAGUUCAUUAUUAAGGAUGAGGUUUUGGGGUACUCGGAGGCAAAGAAUAAAGUAGGCUGAAGUCAGCAUGGUUUCCUUAAGGGAAAAUCUUGCCAGACAAAUCUGUUUGCAUUCUUUGAGGAUAUAACAGACAAGAUAGACAAAGGAGAAUUAAUGGGCGUGGCUUACUUAGAUCUUGGUGCUGCACAUGAGGCGGCUUAACAAGAUAAGGACCCAUGGUAUUACAGGAAAGAUACUGACAUGUAUUGAAGGCUGGCUGAUUGGCAGGAGGCAAAGAGUCAGAAUAAAGGGGGCCUACUCUGGUUGGUUGCUGAUGAUGGGGGGGGCCAGUAUUGGAAUCGCCCCUGUUCAUGUUUAUACGUCAACGAUUUGGAUGACGGAAUUGAUGGCUUUGUGGCCAAAUUUGCAGAUGAUGCAAAGAUAGGUGGAGGGGCAGGCGGUCUUGCACAGAUUUGGGGAAAAUGGGCAAAGAAGUGGCAGAUGGAAUGUAGCGUAGGGAAGUGCAAGGCCAUGCAUGUUGGUAGAAGUGGAUGUGGAGUGGAAGUUUCCUAUAGUAGAUGAGCCUAGGACUGGAGGACACAGCCUCAGAAUGGAGGGACAUCCAUCUAGAAUAGAGAUGAGAAGGAAUUUCUUUAGCAAGAAUAUGGCGAGUCUGCAGAAUUCAUUGCUAUGGAUGGCAGCGGAAGCCAUCAUUGAGUAUACUUACAGCAGAGGUUGAUAGGUUCUUGGUUAGUCAGGGCAUCAAAGGUUAUGGGGAAAAAGCAGAAAAACGGGGAGAAUGAGAGGGGUAAUAAAUCAGCCAUGAUAGAAUGGUGGAACAGACUUGUUGGGUCCACUGCCUAAUUCUGCACCUAUGUCUUAUAGUCUUAAAGACAUAUAUCAUGAAAAUCAUUGGUUUUGUUGCAGCAGUUCAAUGCAUAUCUUUAAAAUUACUGUAAGCUACAAUAAGAAAUAUAUCUGUAUAUCAAAAUAAGUAGUGCAAAAAGAGAACAAAAUAAUGAGAUGCUGUUCAUAGGUUCAUGGAUCAUCCAGAAAUCUGAUGGUGAAAGGGAAGACACUAUUUCUAAAAAUGUUGAGUGAAUGACUUCAAGCUCCUGUACAUCCUCCUUAGUUGUAGUAUUUGGAAGAGGGCAUGUCUUGGGUUGUGAGGGUGCUUAAUGAUGGAUGCCGCCUUAUUGAGGCAUCACCUUUUGAAGAUGUCCUCGAUGAGAAGGGGGCUAGUGCCUCCAUACCGGACAAUGAUGCAACUAGUCAGAAUGCUCUCCAAGGUACAGUAAGUCUGUAGAAAUUUGCUAGUCUUCGGUGCUGUACCAAAUCUCUUCAAGCUCCUAAUAAAAUAUAACCACUGAUGUCCCUUCUUCAUAAUUGCAUCAAUAUUUUAGGCUCAGAAUAGAUAGAAACAUAUAAAACCUACAGCACUAUAGGCUCUUUGGCCCAUAAUACUGUGCUGACCAUGUACAAACAUAUACUUUAGAAAUUACCUACGGUUACCCAUAGCCCUCUAUUUUCCUAAGCUCCAUGUACCUAUCCAGGGAGUUUCUUAAAAGAUCCUAUUGUAUCCACCUCCACCACUGUCACUGGCAGCUCAUUCCAUGCACUCACCACUUUCUGUGUUAAAAAAAACUUACCCUUCACAUCUCCUCUGUACCUUCUUCCAAGCACCUAAAAACUGUGCCUUCUUGUGUUAGCCAUCUUCCGAGAUCCUCUAAAUAGCAUCCACAAUAAUUAGCAAAUGACCUAAUGGAACUGAUGUAUAAAGUACCACUUGGUGGUAUUUGAUGGGAACUUACUGAAGCUCAUUGCUGGAUUGGUGCAAACUGAGCACAUGAUAUGAGCUGCAUUACUGGCAUCUAAGUUAACAGUGUUAAUGUCAAACCAAUUUUGUAUAGUCACUGAUGUUGCAAAUUAGCUUCUUGGCAUCCUCUGAUAAGUAGAUUCAUUACACUUUCUAAGACUGUAUGCAAGAUGAAUGUAAGACUAAUAUGUAUGUACACAUUACAUACCCUCUGGGCAGACAGGGCUCGUCAGCUGUGGUUGGCAGCUCAUCUACAAAAUAACCUCUGAUCUCAAAGCUCAGCUACCUUGUGGCUAUACUAACUCAUGGGGUAAGUUUCAUAAGUAGAACCUGAGGAAAAAUCUGGAACUGGAGUCCCUAAUACAAUCCUAUGUUGAGCUCAAUACUGCCUGGCAACUCCCCUGUGAUGUCACUGAUGUCAAACUGUAUCAGUCUCUGCUGUUUUUUGGAUUCAUCAGAGGGGGAGCCUGCUACAUGGUUGCUCUCCAUAUCAUAUUGCCCUGGCACUGAACAUAAACAACUCUAAGAUGCAAUAUGCAUGGUCAACACCAACCAACUAAAGGCCUUUAUUUCAUGCUAAAUUUCAAUCAAAUCAGCAUCCACAGCCCCAAAAUAAUGGACUUCAGGCUGCUGAAUUUCACCAUUUCCAUAUUUUUAUACAAAUUUCAUCUAAGAAAUGGAUUUUAAAUCUCACUCGCAUUACUUUCCAUCACCAUAUGAGGAAGUUGUAAAUAUAAACAAUAGUCAAAAGGAGAAUACUGUAAGGGGCUGGUUUAAAUGUGAUAUGUGCUUAUGUGUUAUAAAGAGUAUUUAAGGACUGGCUUAGUAAACGGUUGGGGGGGGGGAGAGAAAGACUUAAAGAUGUAUUAUAGGGUUGGGUAAAGUAUGGUGCGUGAACACUAGCAUUAGUAAUUUUGGAUAACAAUAGUUUUACAAUUGAUCAUUACUAAGAUGAACACCUAUCUGAUGCUACAUUAGUACAAACCAAAUGUUUGUGGUCAUGAUGACUGCUUUAUGAUACUUUUAAGCAAAAGAGAAAUAAAAAGUAUAUCCUGCAUUCAUUUGGUGUCUUUCAUGCUACAUAGAACAUACAACAUAGAAAUCUACAGUGAACUAUGUU